ACGGCGCGUCAAGCGUAUGCCACCGCGCUGCUCUCACAGCCUCAUUCAACAGGCAUUUACGCACACUUACACAUCCGGACCGACCACGUUUUGACAAGAAAUUAACCGGCAGACAGCAUUCAGAUGGGAGGACAAUGUUUUAUUAUGGAUGUGGUCCGGUUGCGCACUGUGGCACCUAAGUCUUUCGUUGUGCGUCUGUCUUGGUAGCUCCAUCAUCCGCUUUUUUUUCUUUCUUUUUUCUUCUUCGAAAAAGGGGGACAAGAAUGGCAGCUUCACAUAAUGGAUCGAACCUAACCUCAAACUACACAAACCAGUUUGUGCAGCCUCCAUGGCGCGUCGCCCUCUGGUCCGUCGCCUACAGCUCGGUGCUGGCCGUGGCUGUGUUUGGCAAUCUCAUCGUCAUUUGGAUCAUUUUGGCGCACAAGCGCAUGAGAACAGUGACCAACUACUUUCUGCUCAACUUGGCCUUCUCCGACGCCUCCAUGGCUGCCUUCAAUACUUUGAUCAACUUCGUCUACGCGACCCACGGGGAGUGGUACUUUGGGGAGGCUUACUGCAAAUUCCACAACUUCUUCCCUGUAACGUCGGUGUUCGCCAGCAUUUACUCGAUGACUGCAAUCGCCGUUGAUAGGUACAUGGCCAUUAUCCACCCACUGAAGCCUCGCCUGUCAGCCAAGGUCACCACUGGAGUCAUCGCCUGCAUCUGGAGUCUUGCCGUAGUUCUGGCCUUUCCCCUCUGCUACUUCUCCAAAAUUCGAGUUCUGCCUCAUAGGACCUUGUGCUAUGUCGCGUGGCCUCGCAUGGAAAACGACCCUGUCAUGUACCACAUCAUAGUGACUCUGCUGGUCUAUGUGUUGCCUUUGGUGGUAAUGGGCAUUACCUACUCUAUUGUGGGAGUCACUCUGUGGGGAGGGGAGAUUCCCGGAGAUUCAUCCGACAACUACCAUGGACAACUGCGAGCUAAAAGAAAGGUGGUGAAGAUGAUGAUCAUCGUCUUGGUGACCUUUGCCCUCUGCUGGCUGCCUUAUCAUAUCUAUUUCAUUGUAACGGGUCUCAACAAGCAUUUGAUCAAGUGGAAGUCCAUCCAGCAAGUUUAUCUGUCCGUGCUGUGGCUGGCCAUGAGCUCCACUAUGUACAAUCCCAUUAUAUACUGCUGCCUGAACAGCAGGUUUCGUGCUGGCUUCAAGCGGGCCUUUCGCUGGUGCCCUUUCAUCAAGGUGUCCAGCUGCGAUGAGUUGGAACUUCGCUCGACCCGGCAACACCCGAUGCGGCAGAGCAGCAUGUACACGCUCUCCAGAAUGGACACCAGCAUGGUUGUGGUUUACGACCAUGCCGAUGGUGAUGGCUGCGGCUCCGGAAGGAAGUGGUCCCUGUCCUCCAGGAAGAGAAGCUACGUCACGUCUCGCCACACGCCUGCCACUUCCAGCACUGGAAGCGUGAAAACACAAAAUGGUGGGAUCCCGACUCCUCAAGCUGAGCAAUUUUCUUGAGUGUGAAUUUAAUUUCUUGAGAAUACAAUGCACUUAUAUUCUUUUUUAUUCAAGUGUAUUAUACAGCCCCCAAAAUUGCCCUUCAAAAAUUGCACUCCCCUGAUUUGAUGGUAUUUAUGCUCCAAAAAUUAUUUUAUUUGGAUUGGAAUUUCUUGUUUUCUGUUUUUGGUGUGCAUAAAGAGAAGUUAACUUACCUUGCUAACACUGUUGGCUUGCAACGCUCGAAGGUUCCUUCGUGGUGCCACCAUUUAGUGGAAGGAAAAGUACACCUUUUUUUCCACGGUCCCUAGGUAGUGGUAAA